UCAGGCAGUACGUGGAUUAGUGACAACUAAUUACACAGAGACCUUCUAGAAAGACUUUGUUCCUUUCCAACAGAUCCGGUUCCAAGUCAACGGUCUCGAGAACUCGAGCUGUCAAAUCCAUUGACAUUUCCUUACGGACAUUAGAGGUGUGUGUUGCUUUGCAGCAGAAACACUGAGAAAUCUCUCUGAAGAAUCGAACAGUUUAACUGGAAUCAUGAACACUGCCAAAUAUUUUGCGCGAACGGGCUACAAAGGCUCCCUCGACACUCUCGAUUUAGAAACGCUGACGGCCGUUUUCCAGCACCACAUCCGGGCCGUGCCCUUCGAAAACCUCAGCAUCCACUGCGGGGAAACCAUAACACUGGACUUAGAGGACAUCUAUACAAAAAUUGUAAAGAAAAGGCGUGGAGGUUGGUGCAUGGAGAACAACCUGCUGUUGUCUUGGGUUCUGAAAACCAUGGGCUACGACACGACUAUUCUGGGGGCCUAUGUGUACUUCCCACAGCAAAAGGCAUAUGACACCAUAAUGUCCCAUUUAAUCCUCCAAGUAGUGAUUGAUGGCAAAUCUUACAUCGUUGACGCUGGCUUCGGUGUCUCCUACCAAAUGUGGCAACCCAUGGAGCUAGUUUCUGGCAAAGAUCAGCCUCAGAUCCCUGGAGUUUUCCGCUUCACAGAAGAAAAUGGGAUUUGGUACUUUGAAAAAAUAAGAAGGAAGCAACACAUCCCUACAGAAACCUCCUCCAGCUUGGAUCUCAUCGAAAAGAAGGAGCGCAGGAACGUUUAUCUGUUCAGCCUUGAGCCACGGAUGGUUGAAGAUUUUCGAUCCCCAUGUUCUUAUCUCCAAACAUCCCCGGAUUCUCUGUGUACAAAGAAAUCAAUUUGCAGCCUUCAAACUAUAAAUGGGUUUCGGGCUUUGGUUGGGUGGACACUCUCAGAGAUGACAUACAGAUACAAAGAGGAUGUGGAUCUGGUAGAAUUCACAACGCUGAAAAACGACGAGGUGGAGAAAACACUGGAAGAGAAGUUCGGAAUAACUCUGGAGAACAAACUCGUUCCCGUCAACCUCCCAGAAUUUUUUACAAUUUAAUACAGAGGGCAAAACAUUGCACAGUGCUGUAUAACUGCACCAUGAUUUCACGGCAUUAAAUACAUUGCAAUAAAAGUAACAGCUGUACCCAAGCAUACCUAAUGGACAGAAUGGGAUACUGUAUAUUUUUCACGAGCACUGACAAAUAAUGGCUGCGUGCAAGGUAGUUAAACUGUCCUGGGUAACAGAUUUCCAAAGACACUUAAAAAUGGGAUCCGUGCUGCAUAUUGUGUUAAAUCACACUUAUCUGAAUUCAAAACAGGUUGUGUUCUGAUGUACACCCCAAACAUAUCUAUGCAUUUGAUGUUCCAUUUGUUCCAGCAGAGGAACAGAAUCCACACAUCUGAAUGAAAUAUUUCUAUGUCGGUCUCAUUUCUUUAGUGUAAACGUUACAAAUGCAUCAUGUGUUGUAGAUGUAAAAAAUUACUGGAUUGAACUCCCCUGCAAAGGUUUUAAGGAAAACUGAAAGCACAGAAUUAAUGCAGUCUAGUUCCUAUGAAAAGCUUCAGCGCUUUGGGUUUUUUUUUUGGAAAUGAUCUAUGAAGGCCAAAUGAACUCCUUUGCCCCUCUAAAUCAGAUUCAAACAACUUUUUAAAAAACUCCGUACAACUAUUGCAAAGGUGAUAAUUAAAGAACGACGCUUCAUGCUCGUCUCCAAUUUGUGAAGGAGCAUGCUUUUGACAAGCGCCCCGUUUAAUGAAGUGAGCAGGGAACGAAAGUACUUGAAACCUUAAUCUGUAAAAAUGGACAUAGAUAUAAUUUUAAUUACCUGCAUCAAUAUUUACAAAGGAUCCAUUCCCAUCUACAUUUACUUCUGUUCAUAUAUGCACUGGGAACACUUGUGAAAGUUACGCUUGAGCCAGCAGCUAUAAUGGAUUAGAACAGUUUGCUCCUGCCUCCCCCCCGUCACACACUGUGUAUAUUUAAAGAGCUGUUAUUAAGCAUGUUUAAAGAGCUGUUAUUAAGAGUAUUGCUUAAAAUUCCCAAGCAUGCAAAGAUAUUUCCUUAAUCUUCUUUCAGAUCUAUGUAUAUAUGCUGUUUCCUGCACAGCAAGCUUUUCUUGCAAAAGUUUCUAGUCCUCAUGCAUUGCUUAUUUUGAGGAAGGCACUGAACUAAGAAUCCGGAGCCUAAAAAAUCUAUCUUUUAUAAAGACAAAAAAAUUAAAGCCUACAGCUGACAAACAGAAAGAUUGUUUCAUUUAUAUAUGCAAAUAUUUUAAAAUGUUUUUUU